AUGGGAUCGUCGGUGACUUCGGCAUCGACACGACUGGUUGCGGAUGAGGGGGAGAUGGGCUUGGAUUUGAUGGGCUUGGAUUUGAUGGACACCCCGAAGGGCUUGAUCGAAGUGGAAAAGAUGGCCAAGAGGGUCAAGCAAGACCGACUUGAGGACAGCAGUUGGAGUGGAAAAGGUCAUGAAAGGUGCCCGGGGAAACCUAUGCCGAAGAGGGUGAGUCUCAAACUGGCUCCCUCAUUGGUGACGUUGAGACCGGCAUCGCAAGCUUCAUGGGUGCCAGAUGAUGAGGUGCACUACGUGGAGGAAUCAUCCCAGUAUGAAGAAAACGAGGGCACCAGGCGCGUGGUGUUGGACGAUGAGAGGGGCUUCUCUUCAGGAGAUGAUGCAGUAGAUGCAGUACCAGUGCGGACAGUUCGGACGCAGGAAGGCCAUGCCUCAAGCAGUGCUGGACUAGGUGCCGGGAAACCUGAACAUGGAGAAGGUCAACGACAUGAUGAAGCACUACAACCUGGAGCUUCCGAACAAAAUGAGGUCAAGAAAGAUGAAGGACCCAAGUUGAAGAAGUACCGUAGAGUACGGGUGAAAAAGAAAGCGCCACAGCUGGAGAAAGAGGUCCAGGAGAUGCAGAGCGCAAGAAAGACUCGAAAUGAAAGGAUGGCAUGCCUUCGACUUCUACAACAAGAACGACGAGCGCGGCAAGAAGGUGUGGAGCCUCCAGGACAACAAGAUGUACCAGAGUCCAAGGAACCUCAGGGGUCCAAAAAACCUGAGGAAGUUAAAGCUGAGGAGCCAAAAGAACCUUGGCCAAGAACGCCGUCACCAUCUUCGGUGGAUUGGAAAGCUGCUGAGGAGGAGACGAAAAGGCAGUUUGCUGAGGCAAGAGCAGCAGGCCGCAGAAUCCUCUCUUAUGGGGAGUGGGACAAAGAGCGCAAAGAGAAGAACGAGAAAAUGCGCCAAGAAAGACUGCGAAAGUCAUGGCUUGAUCGGGAAAUAGCACGUCGAGCCCUUCUACAAGAAAGAGGUGACACCCGAGAAGCAGUCUUGAGGAGUACAACCUCAUCGGCAUUUGGACCACUUACGGAUGAAGAGUGGGCGCAAAUGCAAAAGAUGGCGAAGCGUUUGCCACCAGCACCGGAGAAGCCCAAGAAGGAUGAUUCUUGUUCAACAAGUUCGUCCCUGAGCUUCUUGUUGAUCUCCUCUUGA